UGGUUGCGAGCCACCAUUAAAAGAAGAAGAAGAAAACCGGAAGUAGUUUUCGAGCUAACUAGCUUCCCAACCAAUGCAUGGCUUCAUCGACUGUCACUGUCACAUCUCCGCUAGAGAGUUUGACAAGGACAUAGAAAGCGUUAUUGAGAGCUCCAAACGGGCUGGACUUUUAGCCUUACUCGCUGUGGCAGAACAUGCUGGGGAGUUUGAAAAGAUCAUUGCCCUGUCUCAAAGAUUCCCGGGCUUUGUUUUCCCCUGCCUGGGAGUCCACCCCGUGCAAGAAGUGUCCCCACAGCAACACAGGAGCGCUUCUCUGCAGGAUCUAGACGCGGCUCUACCCAUCAUUGACAAAUACAAGGAGCAACUCGUGGCCAUUGGAGAGGUUGGCUUGGAUUUCACACCCAGAUAUGUGAAAAGUGACUCCGACAAAGAAGGCCAAAGGCAGGUUCUCCUUCGUCAGUCACGUUUGGCCAAGGAACUGGACCUCCCUCUGAAUGUUCACUCGCGGUCGGCAGGAAGACCCACCAUCCAGCUCCUAAAAGAAGAAGGUGUGGAGAAGGUUUUGCUGCACGCGUUUGAUGGGAAACCGUCGGUUGCCAUGGAAGCAGUACGAGCCGGGUACUUCUUCUCCAUCCCGCCGUCCAUAAUACGCAGUGAACAGAAGCAGAAACUGGUCAAGCAGUUGCCGUUGGAGAACAUGUGUCUGGAAACCGACUCGCCCGCUCUGGGCCCAGAGAAGCAGGUGAGAAACGAGCCGCAAAACAUCCGCAUUUCCGCCGAGUACAUCAGCCGCAUCAAGGGCGUGUCCGUGGAGCAGGUGAUGGAAGCCACCACGCAGAACGCACUCCGACUCUUCCCCAAGUUGAAGGCGGCCAUCAAGGUGUGACUCCAUGAUUGCGUCCAGUGUGCUUCCUUGUCAGCCGCAGCAGAUAAAGUUCAUUUACUAAUGAUUCAUGUAACUAUAGCUGAAAAAAUAGGACAAUAGUAAUAGGAGAGACUAUUCAUCCCUGAACACCAUGGAGUUCACAAGAAGGUCAACGUACAAAGUUUGCGUAUUUCAAAGAAUAGAAGCUCACAUGACACCAGUUUAUUCUUCAUAAACAUGUCAUAUUUUUACAUUUCCCAAAGACAAAAAUUAAAGAACAAUGUGAAAAUACAACAA